AGUGUAUAUUAUUCGAGUAAUGAAAACGUUGUUAGUAAUAAAAUUGAGGAGUAAUAACGAGCAGUGAAAAAUAACGCUAAAGAUCAUCUCUAGCGAAAGCACGUGUUUAUUCUUUGUUUGCAAUAAACAAUUUAUUUUGGCUCGGCAUCACCGACCGACCGGUGUUAGUCGAAUGAAGCACCGACCCCUCUUCGUUUCAAAAUCGAACAGCACGACCGAACUGCCAAUACCGCCUUGGGCUUUAAAUUUCGCGGCCCGGCUUUUGACUGCGCAUGCCUUCUACCGGAUUCUUGCGCACAUGGCAAAGACCAACCACGCUGGGUAACCGAAAAUCAGUCAGUAUCAAAUCAAGCAGGCAAGCGGAUUGUUUCUGCUUGUAUCUUAAUAAUACUAGAAAGUAGAUAUUAAUAUAUUUUUGUACAAGUGAACCGUUUUUAAUACUACUAGCGUCGUUUUUAUGACUUAAUAUUCAGCAAUCGAAGGUCUAGUGCUUAAUAUCAGCGACAAUCAAGUUGGUUGUUAUCGAAAAACUGUGUUUUCUCUGGUGUUAAAAUGCCGGCGUCGAAUCUUUUCGCUGAAAUGGAUCGCGGCAGUGGGAUCGGCGAUGAAAGGGCUCUACAACUAGCUCUGGAAUUGUCAAUGCUCGGUUUUAGCGAGCCUCUUCCUUCGGUUUCUGAGCCAGAUAGCCCUGGAGAUCUAAGUUCUUUCGUCAACCCUCUCGCGAAUGUCGGCUUAGAGGAAGUCAGAUCCAAGAAGUCACAGAACAUGACUGAGUGUGUUCCCGUUCCCAGUUCGGAGCAUGUGGCCGAAAUCGUAGGCAGACAAGGAUGCAAAAUCAAGGCUCUCCGUGCAAAGACCAACACUUACAUCAAGACCCCGGUUAGAGGCGAAGAACCGGUGUUCGUCGUGACAGGACGCAAGGAGGAUGUCGCCAAAGCCAAACGAGAAAUUCUUUCAGCAGCAGAGCAUUUCUCACAGAUUAGAGCUUCCCGAAAAAACAAUUUAGCUGGAUUAGGUUCAGGCGCCAGCACACCACCAGGCCCACCAGCUAAUAUCCCCGGUCACGUUACCAUCCAAGUAAGAGUACCUUACCGCGUAGUCGGUCUGGUAGUCGGACCCAAGGGAGCUACCAUCAAGAGAAUUCAACAUCAAACUCACACAUACAUCGUCACACCCAGUCGUGAUAAAGAACCAGUAUUUGAAGUUACCGGAUUGCCAGAAAGUGUAGAAGCAGCCAGAAGAGAAAUCGAAGCUCAUAUCGCCAUGCGUACUGGCAAUGGAACUACCAUCAACGGCUUGCAGGGUUUAAACGGAUUGGACGAUACUGAUCUGAUUGCUUCCUUGUAUAAAUCUGGUCUGAGUUCCCUUCUAAAUUACAUGGAACCCACUACAGAUACAUUUCCGACAAUGACAUCUUCAACUGGUAGCAGUGGAGCUUUUUCUAGUUCAGGCUCGUGCUCGAGCAGUUCCUCCAGCAGCGGCGGCAGGGACCUCGGAGCGAUCUGGAGCUCCAACGACAGAGAUGAAGGUCUAGGUGAUUCCCCCAGCUUUGAUACAUCCACAGCGCUGUCGAGCAUCUGGUCAUAUCCAACUGUAUCAGCUCCAUCGAGACCAUCACCAGCCAACAGCACAAGCCCCGCAGACUCAUUGCUCAGCUCAACCACCAAAUGCUUAGUGUGCACCGAUGCCAAAGUAACGCACGCAUUGGUACCCUGCGGCCAUAACUUCUUCUGUAUGGAUUGUGCGACUAGAGUAUGUGAGGGCAGCGAGUCUCAAUGUCCAGUUUGCUCCCUUCCUGCUAUACAAGCGAUUCGCAUCUACUCGCCCAACCCUUAAGCCCAUCGUCGGCCACUGAUCGAUCUCGCUCCAACCACCUCCGCAUUCCCUGGGCGCGUAUGCCCCGUGUUCAACUUCAGCUUCGGUACCGCUCUUAACUUCACCCUCACGAACAUACAACGAAUGCUAAAUUUUCUACUUUUAGUCUUAGUUUAUUUUCUUAUACUUUCGGAAUCACUUUUUUGUUUUAUAAUUUGUUAUUUUAGGUAUAAACUUUAUUUUAAUCAGUGUGUAGUUAAGAGAUUGACCGAGUUGAAGCGUAGUCAUCUUCUAAUGCCAGUUUAAACAGUUUCUUUUAUAUUGUAUCACGGUUUUGAUAGUAUUAGAGUUAUAUUGGUUUAUUUUAUAUUUUUACUUUUGUGUACGUAUUCUAAUUUCGUCGUUUAUAAGCGUAAACAUAAAAAAGACAAGACGCUACACUACAAUUAGAAUUUUAUGAUACCGGUAAGUGUUUCGUUAUUUUUUUAAAUAUAUUUUUUUAAGUUUCGCCAUGUGAAGUGUCACAUUAUGAAAGUCUGAAAACAGCAAUUCUCAAAAUAUUAUUUAAGAUAUAAAACUGAAAAAUUUUAAAAUAAUAUAUGGAUAAAAAACAUAGCAAAAAUAAUAAAAAAUAUAUAUGAUAACUGAAGUGAGAAUUAGUUUGGUAGUCUGAAAGAAAGAUGCCUGGUUGUGCGGUGAGAAUAAUGCAAAUUUAGCAAGGUUGGAAGCAGGGGCCACUAAACACAUUGCUUGCCAACAUCCUGUACAUUCUUUUUCAUCUGUUGUAACAACAAAAUCGUUUCAUUGUAUUGAAGUCUAUAACAAACUUUUACUAUCUACAGCUACUAAAACGUUUGGAUACCUCAUUACCAACAUAAUUUAACAAUUUACAAUUAAACGUUUUAAAAGAUUUCUGUCAAACUGCAUAUCUUGUUGAAUUCUAUUAGUUUCAAAUACCAUCACUAAGUAAUAGUAGAAAUGCUUUAUAAUUUUUUUAAUAACUUUAUCCAAUCCUUUGAUUUUAUUAAAAAACAUUGAGCAGUACUAACGCUCAAAUCCUUAUGACUGCGCCAAUUUUGUAAAAGUUACAUAUAACUAUCAAAUUGUUCAGUUUACAAGAUUUUGAGAAUGUGGGGAUAUUGGCAGCGUCUGGAGAUUGGUAGGGGGCCUUACGGCUGUGAUCAAUGCCAAAACUGCCACUCGCCGCUUCGCAAGUCGUCGGAAAGGAGUACACCCCCCUAAUAACGAAAUACAUAUCCCUUAUUGUUAGUUGAUCAGUGGUUGUUGCUAUUGUUCUGUUAUGUGAUGUGAUACAUAUAUUUCUAUAUUUCUAUAAGUUGUGAGAGAUUUUAUAAUGUAAUAUAAAUUAUUUAUAUUGUGUAACUCUACUGGAACACCGGCAGUCUUGCGAUGCGGCUUUUGAUAGUUCUAUAAAAAACUAAAUUAUGCCCCAACAGGGCCCAUCAGCUAAAUAUUUAUUAGAUAAAUUUGAAUUUUGGUCCAACUUGAACGGUUCGUCAAUUCUUGGGGAUUUUUGGCUUAGGCUUGUGAUUAUUUAUGGCAGCAUCAUUAUUACGUAGAAGUAUUAAGAUUCAUAAACCCCCAAACUGUGUAUCUAAAAAAGGAUCAAUUUUGUUCAGUAUUUUUAACUUUGAUUCAGAAGUAUUAAAUUCUGUUUUGAGUAUCCCAGUGAAAAGUAUUUAAUAAGUAUUAUUGUGAUUAGAUCAGCUUUUUGUAUCAAAAUAUUAAGAAUUGAUCACGUGUAGAAUUUACGAACCUAUAAAUACAGAAGAGGUGCCUACAAAGCACAUGGUUAAGGAAUAAGAAAAAUACACAUAAAUAGUAAUGACAUAUAAUGUAAAAAUCUUUAGUUUGUUCCAUUUAAAAUUUUAAUUUUCUUUAACUGGUUGGAGACCUAACCAACUAGAGUGCUAUGUAGUGCAGCCCUUUAUGAACAAAAUUAAAUAAUAAAAUAAUAUAGAAUUUAGCGUGGCCCCCUUUCCUGCGCCACUUGCUUGGAUCCUUCAGUAUUCACAUGUCACCCCUUACCCCGGUUCGCCCGGGUUGUUUUUUUCGUGCAUUUCUCCCCUUGCCUGCACUUUUUUAGUAGACAAUUUAGGCCUCACCCUAGGGUCGGAUUAUCCUAGGCGACGGAUAGUGGGACUAUUCAUUAUCCACUAUUUUUAAUAUGCACACAAAGACAUACGAUGCUCAUCGAAAUGUUAAUAAGGGUAAAGGGUAGUGCUGUUUUGCGUAUAUACAUUACUAAUUUUGCAUUUAUUGGGAUUGAAAAUAUCAUUUUAUUGCAGUCAACUGUAGCCGAAGGUUAUUUUUUUAUUACACUAUGUAGCUGUUUAUGCAUCUACAAAGUAAAACCAUCCAAGACUGUAUUUAACUAUUUUCAUCAUACGCAUAAGUUUUUCAUCUAAUAAGGUGCUUUUAGCCCAAAAUAUGUUUUUUGCUUCCUUGAUUUGAAUUUCUUGUCACUUUUCUAUUUACACUUAAGCUCUAGCUUGUUAUUUUUAAGCAAAAUCCAACCUUAGAAUUUAAUUACAACACUUAAUUUCAAAAUUUAUCCUAUGUCUAUUUUUUUUUAUUACAUAAACAGCUUUUUGUUGCAUUUUUUGAUUUAAUAGCUUUAAAUCUCUAAGAAUCAUUCCAUUUUUCUUAUGACUAACUGAUCAGUUUAUAUCUUCCACCUUAUUUCUCUCUUCGUCGCCAUAUUUAUUUUGGUGACAGUAUAUUAAUUGUUUCAAGUUUUUGCGAUUCAUUUUAUCGUUACCAUCGUUACGUUUAUGGGCACUUUUGCAUUAACUUUUUUUUAUUUCUGCACAGUACCUAUACAUGGAAUAUAUUUAAUUAUACAAACGUUUGUAACUCUUCAAGCCACUUAAACUAAAUCAACUGUAUCGUCUGUGGUUCCUUCACCAUGCCAUAAGCUCCUUUGAGAUUUGAAAAUUUUUUGAGAUAAUCUGUUGGAAUUACUUAAACAUCUGUAAGUCGUGUAAGCAUCAACAUGUCUUUGAAGGCAUUUUAGAUGUAGUGGUUAUGAUAUGUCGAUGACAGGAUAGCCGUUCUCUAGAAAAUGGUCUAUCGAAACUCAUUGCCUGGCGCAGACUGGCUUUCAUGCGCUUAUAUACCUAUUAAAUAUAUAUUAAGAAACUAUAUUUUGUUUUUAUUUAUUUUUUUAUUGUAGAAUUGGAAAAAAUCGUUAUUAGAUAUUAUAUAAAUUUAUAUAUAUUUUAUUAUUAUUAUUGCUUAGCCAGUCUGAGUCAGUCUGAGAAUAGUUCGUGACUUAGUUUUGUUUGUACGUUUGUAUAUAAGUUGUUGUUUUAUAACUAUAAUACCAUAUUAUUACAAUUAUUAUUUUAUUUUUUUACAUAUUUUUGUGAAGAUAUUUAACUAUGAAUGUUAGUACAAGUACAUGUCCACAGUUGAGUGCAGAAUGACUUUUGAGAAUGUUUGAGAGUACGCUGCUGACCUCAACACAUCACAGGAUUUAUUACAAAUGGAUCCAAAUAUUAUGGAUGCCUUUGGUAUUGAUCUAUGUCCUUUAUGUUUAGUUUUACUGUAUUCUAAACUGUUUUUACCAUUAUUCAUUAUAAUGCUACUUUCUGAUCCAUUUUAAUAAAGAUUAAGAAUAAAUUUUAAUUUGUUUUAUAAAUUGCAUAUUUAUAGUUUUAUAUUUGCUUUCAAAUAUGUGAGUUCUUUAAUCAUUUGGUUUACUCAAAAGUUUAUAUUUUGGUAAAUUUUAUAUUUAUUAACGCUUUAAGCUUCCAUAGACACUUGCGCUUUCACAAUAGUUCUAAUUAGUAAUUGUUUUAGAUUAUAACUUCCUAGAAAUUUGGAAGUCGAAACGAAGUUGGAUGACUUUAAAAAGUAAAUUCCUUACGACAUUGAAAGUUUUAUGUAAUAUGUAAUCCUUAAUGCGUUCUUUGAUAUUUUCUUGAUACAUUUUUACAGUAAUAUUCACGAUAAAACUACAAAGGCAUUGACAGUUGUUUGACCUAGAUCUAAUUUAUACAAGAGUAUAAACUUUGUGCAAAAAAAUAAUAACAAUGAACAUAGCUUUCUUAGAUACUUGCAAAGUGCGGUCUUGAUGUUAGAUCAAGGCUUUGCUUUUACAGCAAACAGCUUUAAGGUGUGUACGUAGUUUAAAAUUGGUAUAUUUUGUUUUUAUGCAAAUGCAAAAUGCAAAAGUAAUUCAUUUUGCGCAACAGCUUAUAAUUCACUAAUAGGACCAAAAGCUAGGCAAUAUUAUUUCAACAGAGCUAGGCAAGUUCAAUAUUAGAUAUAAUACGAAUAGAACAUUUCUCCAAGAUAUAUUUGACAGUUAAACACAAAUAGUGAAAUCUAAACCGCACAGUGUCUUGCGCUAAUCUAAGGUAAAAUGUUAAAACAUAACUAUACAUAAGUUUAGAAUAUAGUAUGAAAGGAAUUUAAAGGUCGAAAUUAAAUCCUGUGUUGGUUUAAGGGAUGCUGUGAAUAGUAUAAUUACAUUUUUAAUUAGUUAUAUAUUUAUAUUGAUAUUUUAGACAAAAAGUAUCCUGGAAGUGAUUUCUUUUUUGUAAUUUUUUAUUGGUUUUUGAAUAUUAAAUGUAUAAGUGUGUUUUCUAUUUAGAAAUUUAUAAAUUAGUACGAAUUUUUUAAAUAGUGACUGACCUUACGCUUAAGCGGUCUCAAUCUAGAGGGCAGUGAAAGUCGGAGGGCGGUAAAUUUUUUUCUAAUAUUUAGAUGCUGAGUACGAAACAAGACUACACCGCCAAUAGCCACUUUGACUGAACCUUGGAGCGCUAGCAAAAUAAUAAUUAAGAUUUUUGACUUUUUUAUAUAAAUUUAAUUGCUACCAAAUAAAAUUUUCGUGAUUU